GUCAGGUCUCCUUCCAGCCGCUGUUAUCAAAUAACAUGCUGAUAACUAUUAGAAAGUGAUAAAUCUUUUCGUCUUGAUUCUAUGCCCAACAGUCACACAGAAGGUUAAUGGCCGCUCCCAGCAAAUGGUCCAUAGACAUGAGCCAAGCUUCUAUAUGAGAAGGUAAAGUAACAAUGCAAGUACCAUAACAACUACAGAAUCCCUCCCCCACCUCAUUGCAGAGAGUCAUACUGUUUUUGAGUUUUUGAAUGACUUGUUUUAUACCGCAGUGCAAGGUUAUGAUAUGUAAAGUAAAAAACAAAUAAAAUAAUUUAAAGGGGGCUUUAUUUUGUGACCCCUGUCCUUCCAUACUGGAAUAUGUCAUUAAUGUCGUGUGUCAGAGUGGCUUAUAGAGUUCUCAGCUAUUGAGAUCAUUUUUUGCGUAUGUGUCCAGAGACCGGGACCCCUGUAUGUCUGAUGAUGGUAGGAGUCACAGCGUAGAAAAGAACAAUUAGGGUCUGGUGCAGGGUAACCACACGCCCCCUGGUGUUGAGCACCAGGGUUUGUGCGGCCACAUACCAGGGUCCUGAUGCAGCUUCUGCGGAUCCCAGGAGCUCGAUAUUAUGCAGAUAUGUAUCCAGUACUAGAAACCAGGUAAGAAUAGAACAGGCACCAAACACGAUAACAAGACAAGAUUAGAAGAACCCAGAACAUGUACACAAGACAUGAGGAAAACAUGAACAGGACAUGGAUAGGGCAGGACAGGACUGUACAUGGAAUCAGUGGCGUACAUACCAGGGUCGCAGGGGUUGCGGCUGCGACCGGGCCCGGCCCACCAGGGGGCCCGGCCGCCCCUGCGACCCGGUAUGUACCCACAGGGCCAGCCUCUUCCCCUGGGGGGCCCAGGAGCCGACCACCCCAGGGCCCCCCGAGGCUGACCCUGCUGACACCCGGAAGGCGGGUGGCCGGUCGAACGGGCGUGCAGCCCUCAAGAUCAAGAUUGAUGACCGGAGCCGAAGAUACCGCCAUCUUCCCUUCGGGUUCCUGCAUCCCUUACCACGCUGCACGCGAGGGAGUCGGAAGAGGAAGCACUGAGUGCUCCCUCUCGCCUGCCCGCCUGCCUGCCCGACCGCCACCCUACCAGGAGCCCAGCAGCACCACUGGACUAGAAUCCCCCAGCACCCAAAGGCAAGGAGGCUGGGGGGACUUUAAUAAAGUGCUAUUAGUACAGUGUUUGAGUGUGUGUGAGUGUUAGAGUGAGUGUUAGAGUGAGUGUUAGUGUGUGUGUCUGCUAGUGAGUGUUAGGUGUGAGUGUUAGAGUGAGUAAGUUAGUGUGUGUCUGCUAGAGUGUAAGUAGUGUGAGUGUUAGAGCAGUGUUAGUGUGUGUGUCUGCUAGUGAGUGUUAGUGUGAGUGUUAGAGUGAGUGUUAGUGUGUGUGUCUGCUAGUGUGUUAGUGUCAGUGUUAGUGUGUGUGAGUGUUAGAGUGUGUGUCUGCUAGUGAGUGUUAGUGUGUGUGUUACUGUGUGUGUCUUACUGAGUGUGUGUGUUAGUGAGUCUGUUUGAUGUCUGUUAGUGAGUGUGUGUUUGCCAAUGAGAGUGUAUGUUUUGUAAGUGAGUGUGUAUGUAUGUCUGUCGCUGACUGUGUUUCUGUCAGUAAAUGUGUGUGUCUGUUAGCUAGUGUGUAUGCGUCUGUAAGUGUGUGUGUGUCUUCAGCACUUACCUUUCUCCAGCGCCGGACUCCCUUGGCGCUGGGGAUCCCUCAGCCUCUCAGCUCCGAAUGCGACCGCGCACGCAUUCAAACCGCCCAUAGGAAAGUAUUACUCAAUGCUUUCCUAUGGACGUUCAGUGUGCUCCUCUAGCGGCUGUCAGUGAGACAGCCACUAGAGGCUGGAUUAACCCUCAGUGAAACAUAGCAGUUUCUCUGAAACUGCUAUGUUUUCAGCUGCAGGGUUAAAACUAGAGGGACCUGACACCCAGACAACUUCAUUGAGCUGAUGUGAUCUGGGUGUCUGCAGGAAAACAUACUCAGGACCCUCCCCGGCUCUGGAAAGGGGUAAAACUUACCUUUUUCCACCGCUGGGUGGAGAGCUCUCCUCCUCCGAUCCUCCUCUUCUCCUCCCGUCGGCUGUAUGCGCACGCGCGGCAAGAGCUGUGCACGCAUUCAGCCGGUCACAUAGGAAAGCAUUCAUAAUGCUUUCCUAUGGACGCUGGCGUGCUCUCACUGUGAAAAUCACAGUGUGAAGCACGCAAGCGCCUCUAGCGGCUGUCAAUGAGACAGCCGCUAGAGGAAAUAGGGGAAGGCUUAACCCAUUCAUAAACUGUUUAUGAAAAAAUGGGUUAACCCUAGCUGGACCUGGCACCCAGACCACUUCAUUAAGCUGAAGUGGUCUGGGUGCCUAGAGUGGUCCUUUAAGUGUGUGUGCAUCUGCAUGCACUGGCGUACAUACCGCGGUCGCAGGGGUUGCAGCCCUGUAACCCCUGCGACCAGGUGCCCACCGCCAUGUGUUGCGGCCUGGCCCGCGCGUGGGGGAGGCCCACGGAUCAAUUUUUGCACCGGGGCCCCAUGGGUCAUGUGUACGCCACUGCAUGGAAUACAAGAUAAAAUAAAACAAGACAAGAGAUACAAGGCAAAACAAGAGGAGAAAUAACUAAAUACUAUAAAUGUAAUAAACAUUGGAGAUUUAGACAUACAUAAAUGGCCAAGAUGUAUGUCGCCCACCACUGUGCCAAAGUACUCCAAUUACGGUGGGUCCUAACUGCCUAUACAGGGCCGGUGCAAGGAUUUUUGCCGCCCUAGGCAAAAGAAAGAUUUGCCUCCCACCCACCUUAUUAUAGAUUAGCGUCACUAAUAAUAAUAUACUAGAUUGCCUACUUACAAUCAGAUGAUGAUGGUGAUGGGCUCUGGCUGCAGUCUGGCUCCACUGGUCUGGUGUAGAAGAGGCUCUCUGGAGGCUGUUUGUAACUGUGGUCACAAAAUUCAAUGUUCUGGGAGAACGGGAAGCAGCUCCAUUUUGGGGGGCCCCUUACACAGCUCAAGGUCUGGGCUCCAGGGCCUGACGGUGAGUAUGCCCAUAAGGCCCACUCAUAAGUCCACUUAUAUGUUCCACCCACCCAUGAGUUCGCUCACAGGGAGUGGAGUGUGUAGGGGAUGUGUUAUGAGUUUUUGUAGAGGAUCUAAUAUGUGUGCUUAUGGUAUGUAAUGUAUAGGGAUACCAGUUUGUGCAGGUGAUGCAGUGUGUUUGUGUGUAGUGGAAGCAGUGUGUUUGUGUGUAAGGGAUAGAAAGCAUUGUGUGUUUGUGUAUAAGGGAUGUAUUGUGUGUUUCUUGUUGUGUGUAAGGGAUGCAUUGUGUGAAUCUGUGUUUGUAUGCAUAAGGGAUGCAAAGUGUGUUUCUGUGUAUGUAAGGGAUGCAGUGUGUGUCUGUAAGGGGUGCGUUGAGUGUGUAAGAGAUGCAUUGUGUUUCUGUGUGUGUGUAAGAGAAGCAGUGUGUGUUUGCAUGUGUGUGUAAGGGAUACAUUGUGUGUUUCUGUGUAUAUGUGCAAAGGAUGCAUUGUCUUUAUGUGUAAGGGUUGCAUUAUGUGUGUAUGUGUAAUGGAUGCAUUGUGUAUUUCUCUGUGUGUAAGGGAAGCAUGUUGUGUUUCUGUGUGUAUAGGGAUGCAUUUUGUGUGUGUGUGUGUGCGUAGUGUGAAAGAGCUCCCUGUCCUGCCCCCUGUUCUAUAGAGCUCUCCCUUCCAUCCCGUAGAGAUCUCCCCUGCCCCUUAGUGGUCUCUCCUCUCCCCCCACCUCCCUUAGUGGUCUCCUUUUGUCCCCGACUUUCCAUUAGUGGUCUCUCGUCUCCCCCUUCGUGGUCUCUGCUCUCCUCUGCCCCCCUCCCUCCCUGUAAUCAUCUCCACUCCCCCUCCCUGUAAUCAUCUCCACUCCCCCCUCCCUCCCUUUAAUUUCCCUCCCCUUCCCCGUAAUCAUCUCACUCCCCCCCUGUGUAAUCUCAUCUCCCUCCCCCCAUUUCCCUCUCCUGCAAUCAUCUCAUCUCCCUCCCUGUAAUCAUCUCCACUCCCCCCCCUCCCUGUAAUCUUCUCCACUCCCCCUCCCUCCUUUAAUCUUCUCCACUCCCCCCUCCCUCCCAUCUUUUCCACUUCCCUCCCUCCCUUUAAUCUUUUCCCUCCCCCCUGUAAGCUUUCUACUCCCCUAAUCUUCUCCUCACCUCCCCUUCCCUGUAGCGUGGCCGAACUCCUAUCAGUCCGGCCGGGUCGCGGACCGGAGAGGAGCUCGGCCACGCUAGAGGGAAGGGGAGGUGAGGCAGUGCGGCAGCCGUCUGAGUGCUCUCUACAGAGUGCUCAGGCGGCUGCAGCAUUUAAAGGGCCGGCGAUGGGGGCACAGGUCGCCCCCUCCUAUAUGGCGCCCUAGGCAGCUGCCUAGUUCGCCUUAUAGGAAGCGCCGGCCCUGUGCCUAUAUAUGCAUGACUAAAUUAGCAAUAAAACACACACAGUACUUACCUGCAAGGAAAGGAGCAGAGGAAUGAGACCACUGCUAGCAGGAACACACUAAACAAAAAGGAUUAAUGGCAAACAUUUAAAGGAAUCCAGGAGUCUGGGAAUUCCAGAAAACCCAGCAUAAAGAAAACCAGACAUAGAAAAGAAAACCAGAAAAACCAAAACCAAGAAAAACUAAACAAGAAUUGUAAAAAGAGUACUGGAUAGCAGAAGCCAUGGCCAGAAAUGAUCCGCAUACAGGAACGGGAUGUGACAGUGUGCAAGCAUGUUUUCCCUGCGUAUCCGUGGACAUCUGGGUUGCUUUCCCCUCGUAGAGAUAUCAUGAAACUACGUUACAAAAAGUGACUGAUGACUCAUCCCAAGGGUCACUCUCUCCCUCUGCCAAAUAUUCUUCUCUGUCUGAUCCUUUUUGUCAGCUGUGGACCUCCCGCUUCUUCAUCCCCAACACUGUCCAUUCCUGGUUCUCAUCUUACUUCUCCCGACACUCAGUCACUGGAUCCAACACGUUCUCUGGAUUCAUUUCUGGAUACUUGUCUGUUUCCUGUUCUCAAGUAUGCAAUCAGGGCUAUUCACUACAGUGAGAACUGCCAGAAAUUCAAAGUGAAUUCUAACUCAAAAUAUCUAAACUGGAGGCAGAAAUGACUGCAAGAAUUUUCUAAUUUGCCUAUUUUGCCUAACUUUCAAAUUCCCUUUAAAUUCCUUGGAAAUCCUGACAGUUCUCACUUAAGUGAAUAGUCCUGUCAGAUUCAUCUUGAUUCUUCUGAUAUCUCGUGAUCGUCUCAUUGGCUCGAAGUUUGCAAUUGGACGUCUUCUCACUUCUUCUUGUACCUGUCUGAAAUGUUAAUCAUCGUUUCACAGGUUUCCACAAGGUCAAUGAUUAUAUCAUAAACUGUGUCUCACUAGAAGAACUGUGUGACUCGGGCUAACAGAGAAUAAACCGAGAAUAAACAGAAAAUAAAUGUCACGGCACAGCCCGAGCCCUGCAGACAGCAAGGCAUGGCCGCUCCUUUAAGAGACCUGGCUAGGUUUGAACUCACAGCUCCAGCAUCCCAGUCAGGUUCUCUGCCAUGAUAUCUGUCUGCAUUAUUCUGCUUCCUGACCCCUUGCCUGGAUCAAGCAGCACUGAACCACCUGCAGCCCUUUUCCAAUUAGGGUCAGCUGCACCUAAUUAGCAGGCUGUAAUAGCCAGCCCUGCCUGAAAUUUAGGAUCUGGUCAUUUUGCCGGUUUGGUGUUUCCUGACAGAUCUUUGAUUUUCUACUGUCUGAUUUCUUGGACUCUGACCUCUGCCUGAUUUACCGACUACGUUACUCCGCUGCCAGCCCUGACUUCUGCUUCUCGCCUGACCCUGCCUUUGGAUUUCUCUUUACUCUGUACUGCGCUUCUGGUUUUUUCCUCUUUCCUGUGCCAUCUCCUGCAACUGGGCUCCAACUCCUGGUAAACUGUUACAUAAGUCCCCAGGUGACUGUUACAAUAAACAAACAAUAAACCAAGAAUAAACAGAGAAUAAACAGACAAUAAACCGACAAUAAACCGAGUGUGACGGACCGCAUGCCAUCCCGACCGGGUGCCUCCAUCGAUCGAUGCUCCUAGUGCUCACCGAGGACUCCAAGCACUUCACCAGACACCAUCAGCACUGUAGCCCCCUAGUCGCCGUCCCUUCCCACCCUGGACUAACUCCUGGAUCCAGCUUCCAGUGGGAAGGCCUCUCCUCCAAGAGAGUAUAACAGGUAUAGCUGUAAAGCUCUUAUAAGAGCUAGUGAUAUAGCUUGUAUAGUAGGUCCCUACAAACACAAGGCAAGGCUCUAUGUUGAGGGUAAAGGCCACACUGGCCUUUUAUGCAAGUCCCCAAGCAAGGUGUACGCCCACAUGGACCUUGUUGGGGACAGGGACACAAACCUACAAACCAAUGAUAACACGUUUACAAUGGAAGGCACUCCCACUUAUAGCACACAAUCCCUCCCCUCUGCCUGGGAGAUAAUUGGAUCAGAUACUUCAUUAACCCAAUUAUCUCCAGGCAGAAAAAAACAUAAUUUUACAAAACCCCAAAAGUACCCCCAAAACACAUAAAAUCUCCACAAUUAUUACAUACCCUGAUAGCCCUUAUCUGAGUGACCAACAUAUCCAAAAAUCACCAGAUCCGUUAAGGGGUUCAUGAGUUCUAUGGAAGUAUUAUUUUGAACGAUCGCACGCAUGGUCCCAUGCUCAAAACAGUUACAGAGAAUUAGGCUGUGCGGCCGGUUUACUUUGAGGAUUCGAAAUAACAUUAGAAUUACCGAAUGUGACAGAGCCCUCUGUCUUGGAUUUACAUGGAACUACUAUUACUUUGUUUGCUUGAAUUAGUGUUAUUUUAUUUGAUUAGUGUCUUUCCCCAUUCGUGUUGAACUCUAUAUGCUUCCCGGAAACUACCGAACAAAACUCCCGAACGGCCGGCCACCCAGUAGAGAAGUGUGCUGCUGGUCAACCUCUUGGCCCCAUUAGAACGUUGAGGUUAACCGCAGACACCUUAACUGAUGCCUGUAGCUGGGUGACCACAUUCAUAUCCCGAACACGAGGUCGCGGCCAUUUUAAAUCCACGAACGCUCAGCGUUGUUCGGCGAUAAACUCAUGGAACUCAAAACGGACACUUUUUGGCACGAACACCGCUGAAGCCGCCGACCUCCCUUCUCCUUCGGUAGAAAACUCACGAACAUCCCUGUAUUCGGUAUUUUGUCAAACCCCAGAUAGCCAUCCCGUGGAGUCUAUUCAUAUGGAGAACAGACUUUGUGAACACUUUGACGAUUGGACUUUGUGCAUAGGAUCUGAGCGCUAUUCGGUACUUUUGUGCGCUCAGAUCCCAGCUAUCUGGGGACACGUUAAAUGCCUGUAUUAUGUCCAUUUAUUGUAAAAUUAUAUAUUUUUAUGCAUUUUGUUAUGGUCACUUAAAAUGGCGUUUGGUCUUUAUCCAGGGAGAUAAUUGAAUUACAUCACAAUUAGCUCCCAGCAGAGCAGAGGGUCUUGGGUAAUUAAAGGGGCAUGGCUACAUGUGUAACACUCUGAUUGGUCAAUGUAAUGUCCUUGUCACAGUCUCCCAUUUGGUCCCCUAGGGGAGUGUCCACCAGGUGGGAGUACUGCAUAAAUACCGGGCAGGUAGUCCUCAAUAAACCAGAUUCCUGCUGACCCUCAAUACGGAACUUUGUCUCGUCAUUGGGGGGAUUACUCAAAUGGAUUACACUUGUUUGGCUGUUUAGGAGACUAAUUGCUUCGUGUGAUUGCUGUUCGGCAGUUUGGAGCGCUCAGUGGCUACCUCUGUAUUCGGGAAGGGAACGACCAAUACGGCUGUAACCCCUCUCCUACCGCGGGAGCCGUAACACCAAACAAAGCUGUUCGUGGAUAUAGUUAAUGUAUGUCUCUUGUUCGGUAGUCUCUUCUUACCAAACGCCGUUCGAAUAUCCGAACAUCCAUGGAAGGUAAAUAUAAAUUAUAAAAAGGGAACAUUUGAAGAAAAAUUUAUCCCACAAUUUUGGGGAGUCCAUUGUGGGGGCUGGGUGGGCAUAAGGGUGUCACGGGUUUUGUUACAAUAAGUGCGCUCACACAUGAUUCUCUAUUUUCAGCUCGCAGCUCAGGUUCUGGAGAAGAAGCGAAUUGGAUUUGGGGUGCUUGACUCCAAGAAAAAUUUUAAAAUCGCAAAGAAACUGGGUACGAUGUGCAUCUCCUCACUGCAUGCACUGCAUUCCCUCACUGCAUACACUGGGUCCCCUCACGGCAUACACUACGUCAUCUUACUGCAUCCCCUCACUACAUAUACUGCUCCCCUCCCGGCAUACGCUGCACCAUCUUACUACAUCCCCUCACUGCAUACACUGCAUCAUCUUACUACAUCCCCUCACUGCAUCAUCUUACUGCAUCCACUGCAUUCCCCCACAUGCUCUGUACCUCCUCUCUCAUGAUCUGUACCUACACCCCCGAAUGCUUUUACCUCCCCAGCAUGAUCUGUACCUCUUGUAUCUCCCCCCACAUGCUCUGUACCUCCCAGCACAUGAUCUGUACCUCCCCGACAUGCUUUGUAUCUCCUGUGGGGGCUGGGUGGGCAUAAGGGUGCUCUGUACCUCCCCCCACAUGCUCUGUACCUCCCCCCACAUGCUCUGUACCUCCCCCUACAUGCUCUGUACCUCCCCACCACAUGCUCUGUACCUCCCCACAUGCUCUGUACCUCCCCACCAUGCUCUAUACCUCCCCCCUCAUGCUCUAUACCUCCCCUCAUGCUCUAUACCAGCCCCUCAUGCUCUGUACCUCCCACAUGCUCUGUACCCCUCCCCACAUGCUCUUUAUCUCCUGUACCUCCCCCCUCAUGCUCUGUGCCUCCAUCCUCAUGCUCUGUGCCUCCCCCCCUUAUGUUCUUUACCUCCCCCCACAUGCUCUGUCCAAGAGAAAUGGGAUUAUUUAAAAGUUGCACUACUGAAAGCAACAGAAAAUUGCAUUAGGCUUGUCAGUAAAAGCAAACAAUUUAAGAAACCACUGUGGUACUCCACAGAUAUGGCCAAAAUAAUAAAAAAACUAAAAGUUAGCAUUUAGUAAUUAUACAAAAAAAUCCAGAGUGAGGAAGACAGACAGAUCUAUACGAUUAGGCAGAAAGAGGCUAAGCAAGUUAUAAGAGCUUCCAAAUCACACACAGAAGAGAAAAUAGCACAGUCAGGAAAAAAGGGGGAUAAAACAUUUUUUAGAUACAUAAAUAAGAAAAGAAAAGUAAAACAAGGAUUAGUUAGAUUAAAAACAAAAGAAGGAAGGUAUGUAGAAGAGGAUAAAGACCAGGCUGACUGCCUCAAUGAAUAUUUUUGUUCUGUAUGUACAGAUGAAAAUGAAGGAAAGGGACCUCAGUUAAGAAAAAUGAUAAAUGAGUAAUUUAUUGCACGUGAGUUUACAGAGGAAGAGGUUCUAUUUCAACUGUCAAAAGUAAAGACAAAUAAGUCAAUGGGACCUGAUGGAAUACACCCAAAGCUAUUAAAAGAGCUUAGUGGUGUACUAGCAAAACCAUUAACAGAUUUAUUUAACCAAUCAUUGUUAACAGGAGUAGUCACAGAAGAUUGGAAGUAAGCAAAUGUUGUGCCCAUUUACAAGAAAGGUAAUAGGGAGGAGUCGGGCAACUAUAGGCCAGUAAGCCUUACUUCAGUAGUGGGGAAAGUGAUGGAAUCCAUGUUAAAGGAUAGGAUUGAUGAACAUCUAAAAACACAUGGAUUUCAAGAUCAGAGACAACAUGGGUUUACUUCAGGGAGAUCAUGCCAAACUAAUCUUAUUGAUUUUUUUGAUUGGGUAACUAAAAUAAUAGACCAGGGUGGUGCAGUAGACAUUGUUUACCUAGAUUUCAGUAAGGCUUUUGACACUGUUGCACAUAGAAGGCUUAUCAAUAAACUGCAAUAUUUAAGUUUGGAUUCUAAUAUUGUUGAAUGGGUAAGGCAGUGGCUGAGUGACAGGCAACAGAGGGUUGUAGUCGAUGGAGUAUAUUCGAAGCUUGGACUUGUCACCAGUGGGGUACCUCAGGGAUCUGUACUUGGACCCAUUCUCUUUAAUAUUUUUAUUAGUGAUAUUGCAGAAGGUCUUGAUGGUAAGGUAUGUCUUUUUGCUGAUGAUACUAAGAUAUGUAACAGGGUUGAUGUUCCAGGAGGGAUAAGCCAAAUGACAAAUGAUUUAGGUAAACUAGAAAAAUGGUCAGAAUUGUGGCAACUGACAUUUAAUGUGGAUAAGUGCAAGAUAAUGCAUCUUGGACGUAAAAACCCAAGGGCAGAGUACAGAAUAUUUGAUAGAGUUCUAACCUCAACAUAUGAGGAAAGGGAUUUAGGGGUGAUUAUUUCUGAUGACUUAAAGGUAGGCAGACAAUGUAAUAGAGCAGCAGGAAAUGCUAGCAGAAUGCUUGGUUGUAUAGGGAGAGGUAUUAGCAGUAGAAAGAGGGAAGUGCUCAUGCCAUUGUACAGAACACUGGUGAGACCUCACUUGGAGUAUUGUACACAGUACUGGAGACCGUAUCUUCAGAAGGAUAUUGAUACCUUAGAGAGGGUUCAGAGAAGGGCUACUAAACUGGUUCAUGGAUUGCGGGAUAAAACUUACCAGGAAAGGUUAAAGGAUCUUAACAUGUAUAGCUUGGAGGAAAGACGAGACAGGGGGGAUAUGAUAGAAACAUUUAAAUAUAUAAAGGGAAUCAACACAGUAAAGGAGGAGACUAUAUUUAAAAGAAGAAAAACUACCACAACAAGAGGACAUAGUCUUAAAUUAGAGGGACAAAGGUUUAAAAAUAAUAUCAGGAAGUAUUACUUUACUGAGAGGGUAGUGGAUGCAUGGAAUAGCCUUCCAGCUGAAGUGGUAGAGGUUAACACAGUAAAGGAGUUUAAGCAUGCGUGGGAUAGGCAUAAGGCUAUCCUAACUAUAAGAUAAGACUAGGGACUAAUGACAGUAUUUAGAAAAUUGGGCAGACUAGAUGGGCCGAAUAGUUCUUAUCUGCCGUCACAUUCUAUGUUUCCCCCCUCAUGUUCUGAACUUCCAUCCAUCCAUUUUCUCUCUAAUAUUGAUCUCCUUUCACUGUUAAUCCCCAAUGUCUGUCUCCUGAAAGGUUGUUCCGAGGAGGGCAGUCUGUACAUCUUUAAGGAGGACAAUGUCAUAGAGUUUGACGGGCAGCUGGCAGCAGAUGUGUUGGUGGAUUUCCUGCUAGAUGUGAGUUUUCUUCUGUAAACUGAAAAAAAGAAUACAAUAGUCAGAGUCAGAGAUACUGAUACUUUCACCUACAGAUGUCUCUCUAAUGACAGAUCCCUUUCACCCCAGCCGAUUCCCUAAUGAGAGAUCCCUUUCACCCCAGCCGAUUCCCUAAUGAGAGAUCCCUUUCACCCCAGCCAAUUCUCUAAUGAGAGAUCUGUUUUACCUCCAGCCGAUUCCCUAAUGAGAGAUCCGCUUUGUCAUAGACGAUUCUCUAAUGACAGAUCCCUUUUAACCCAGUCAAUUCUCUGAGAGAUCCCUUCUACCCCCAGCUGAUUCUCUAAUGGCAGUUCUCUUCUACCCCCAUUUGAUUCUAUGAUGACAGAUCCCUUCUACCCCCAGCUGAUUCUCUAAUGGCAGAUCCCUUUUACCCCCAUUUGAUUCUAUAUGACAGGUCUCUUUUACCCCCAUUUGAUUCUAUGAUGACAGAUCCCUUUUACCCCCAGCUGAUUCUCUGAUGACAGAUCCUUUUUACCCCAAUUUGAUUCUAUGAUGACAGAUCCUUUUUACCCCAGUUUGAUUCUAUGAUGACAGAUCCCUUUUACCCCAGCUGAUUCUCUAAUAACAGAUCAAUUUUACCCCCAGUUGAUUCUAUGAUGACAGUUGAUUCUCUGAUGACAGAUCCCUUUUACCCCCAGCUGAUCGAGAAUCCAGUUGAACUAAUUAACAGCAACGUGGAGCUUAAAGCUCUGGACAGGAUGGAGGAGGAAACAAGAGUCAUUGGCUUCUUCAAGAGCGAGGACUCAGAGUGUGAGUACAGAUUGUGAGAAUUUUGAAUUCAUAUUGUGACUGUGUGUGUUGACCAUGGGCACAAAGUGUGAGUAUAAACUGAGCACACCACGUGUGAGUAUAGACUGGGCACAGAGUGUGAGUAUAGACUAAAUACAGAGUGUGAGUAUAGACUGGGCACUGAGUGUGAGCAUAGACCGGGCACUGAGUGUGAGUAUAGACUAGUUACAAAAAGUGUGAGUAUAGACUGGGGACAGAGUGUGAGUAUAGACUAAACACAGAGUGUGAGUAUAGACUGGGUGCAAAGAGUGUGAGUAUAGACUGGGUGCAAAGAGUGUGAGCAUAGACCGGGCACUGAGUGUGAGCAUAGACCGGGCACUGAGUGUGAGUAUAGACUAGUUACAAAAAGUGUGAGUAUAGACUGGGGACAGAGUGUGAGUAUAGACUAAACACAGAGUGUGAGUAUAGACUGGGUGCAAAGAGUGUGAGCAUAGACCGGGCACUGAGUUUGAGUAUAGACUAGUUACAAAAAGUGUGAGUAUAGACUGGGGACAGUGAGUGUGAGUAUAGACUGGGCACAAAAAAACAUGAGUAUAGACUGGGCACUGAGUGUGAAUAUAAACAGUGCAUUGAGUGUGAGUAUAGACUGGGCACAAUAAAUGUGAGUAUAGACUGGGCACAAUAAAUGUGAGUAUAGACUGGGCACAAUAAAUGUGAGUAUAGACUGGGCACAGAGUGUGAGUAUAGACUGGGCACAGAGUGUGAGUAUAGACUGGGCACUGAGUGGAACGACAGUCCUGCUAAUACAUGGAAUCUGUGCUCUUUGCCAAGCGCUCUUAAAAUCAGCCUCCUAGAAUGAAAUGCCAACUUUUCAGUAAACGCCAUUAUCAUCACAGCUUGCUAAACGUGUUGAAGUUACAGCUUGAAACACUGGGAAUGUGUCUAUUUUUAUCAGAACACAUUCUGUAAUGUUUGGCUCUAAGAAGAUGUGGUCAGGGGCGAUCACUGUCUGUGAGACUUUCAUUUUUUUUAUUUCCUCAGAUUACAAAGAGUUUGAAGAAGCCGCAGAACAUUUCCAUCCGUACAUCAGGUUCUUUGCAACAUUCGAGAAAUCGGUGAGAUAUUGAUUUUGAACCAUUCCCACUGAAGGUUAGGGACUGGAAUAGCUAUUGAUUGGGAACCAUUCCCAUUGAAGGUUAGGGACUGGAAUAGCUAUUGAUUGGGAACCAUUCCCAUUGAAGGUUAGGGACUGGAAUAGCUAUUGAUUGGGAACCAUUCCCAUUGAAGGUUAGGGACUGGAAUAGCUAUUGAUUGGGAACUAUUCCCACUGAAGGUUAGGGACUGGAAUAGCUAUUGAUUGGGAACUAUUCCCACUGAAGGUUAGGGACUGGAAUAGCUAUUGAUUGGGAACCAUUCCCAUUGAAGGUUAGGGUAUGAAACAGCUAUUGAUUGGGAACCAUUCCCAUUGAAGGUUAGGGUAUGAAACAGCUAUUAGAAACAUAGAAUGUGACGGCAGAUAAGAACCAUUCUGCCCAUCUAGUCUGCCCAAUUUUCUAAAUACUUUCAUUAGUCCCUGGCCUUAUCUUAUAGCUAGGAUAGCCUUAUGCCUAUCCCACGCAUGCUUAAACUCCUUUACUCUGUUAAAAACUUUCAGUUAAUGGACCUGUGAAGAACUCUUCGGUUUUGUAUAAAGUAUGCAUAAAUGAGGUGCUGUUGAGUUGAAUACAAUGGACAAAUCUUUUCCAACUUACUUGGGCACAAAUGGGGAUUGAACCCAUGAUCUUUGGUUUACGAGACCAACGCCUUACCACUUAGCCACUGCGCCUUAUUGAUUAGGAACCAUUCCCACUGAAGGUUAGGGUCUGGAAUUAAGCUGGUUCCUGGAAAGCGGAUGUGCACGUAGCAGAUUCUUGCUCAUUAAAGGCGAGUUUGAAAGGGACAGCAGGAGUCAGGUGGAAAUAGGGACACAGAGACAGACUGGCCGAGCAGGUCAGAAGCUAAAAUAGGACCAUCCAAACAGUUAUGGGAGAAAUGAAGGAAAAAAUAUACAGAUAUAUGCCAUACAAAUGACAGCUAUGUUAAUGGGUUGGAUUAAGUGUUAAGGUGGGCUGGCUCAGAGUGAGAGGAGUUGAUUGUCAGAGCUUAGUCAUGGGGCUCGGAGUCAGAGGAGUAGAUUGUCAGAGAUUAGUCGUGUGACUCGGAGUGAGAUGAGUAGAUUGUCAGAGAUCAGUUGGGUGUGACUUACAGUGAGAGGAGUAGCUUAUCAGAGAUUAGUCAUGUGGCUUGCAGUGAGAGAUUAGUUGUGUGGCUCAGAGUGAGAGGAUUAGAUUUUCAGAUAUUAGUUGUGUGGCUCGGAGUGAGAGGAGUAGAUUGUCAGACCUUUGUGUGGCUCAGAGUGAAAGGAUUAGAUUGUUACAGAUCAGUUUAUAUGGUAGGCAAUGAUAAGGGUGGUUGGGUACAUGUUCUAUAAAUGGGCUGAUGGUAAUAUGGUCCUGUUCACAGGUGGCCAAGGCUCUGACUCUGAAGUUGAAUGAGGUGGAUUUCUAUGAACCAUUUAUGGAUGAGCCGAUCACAAUUCCUGAUAAACCAUAUAGUGAACAGGAGAUAGUGGACUUUAUAACCAAACACAAGAGGUAA